GCAGUUCAUAAAAAAUCAACCGUUUUCUAGAAGGGUCUCAAUAGGCCGCCAGCCGUGGAGGACAGGAGGAGACCUAGGUACCCACCGCGGCAUCGCGCCACCGCCCAGGCACCCACGGCCCCACGCCUGGACAGCCCGACGCCCGCAGCAUGCAGCGGCGCUGGCGCGCAGCGCUGCUCGCCUAGUCGCUGGAGGCCAGAGCCGCCACCCCGCUGAGCCAGACCGCCGGACGAGCGGAGCCCGCAGGCCGCAGCGAUGCUCGCCCCGCCGACGCCCGGACCCAGAGCACCGCGCCCACGGGCCACCGCCGUUGUCCAGCCGAGCAACCGUGAGCCAAGCAGAGCAGGGGUUUACCACUCUAGUUUCGCUGAUGAUGAUGGGAUCACAAAAGCUUGCAGCUGUCCUUUGCUUCCACUGAAAACUCAUAUCAAGGGCCCGGCACCAGCCUCUGACCCUGAUAAAGCGGACAUUGUUGAUGAAGCCAUAACUUUCUUUCGAGCCAAUGUUUUCUUCAAAAAUUUCCAUGUGAAAAGCUCAGCAGACAAGUUAUUGAUCUAUCUGACGUUUUAUAUCAAUAUUGCCUUAAAAAGACUAGAAGGUUGCCGGACACUAGCUGUUGGGACUAAAGCAAUCAUUAAUCUGGGAUUGGAGAAAGUUCCUGUACCUGGGGAACCAGGGUUUCCUUUCCCUGGACUUUUCACUCUUCCCCAGUCCCAGGAGGAAGCAGAAUUGUUGAGGAAUUAUUUGAAGCAGAUAAGGGAGGAAACAAGUGGAAGAUUGCUCAACUGUGCAUACAGAGCUAAUGGCUUUCCAAACAAGUGGUGGUUGGCUUUUGCUAAGAGGAAGUUCAUGAACAUUGUCAUCCUUUAGACUUGGGCUUUUUGUACCAACUGGUUCAAGCUUUUUUUUCACUCAUGAUCGUGUGAAGUAUCCACACACAACAAAGAUAGUUAUCCUACAUCCCAAAGUAACACGCCAAAGACUUCGAUGAUAGGAUAGAUGAAUGACAUAAGAUAAAUUAUUUGUUCCCAAUUUGCGAUGUAUAACCGUGGGAACAGUAAUUAUCAUGUUGUGUUGCCUUUUGUAAUUCUCACCCUGCUAUAUCAGAGAGACGAAACCUGAUACGGGGUAUAUUCUACAAUGAUGUCUAAAAUGAGACAGUUCAAAUGUUCUUACUA